AUGGCCUUGCACGUUAUGUGGAUGUCAGGAUCGAAAUCGUCAAAGUUGAAAGAAUCUGUAAUGCAAAAAAGCGAUACCAGCUGGAGCCCAGUUUGCAAGUGGCGCAUGACAAAUUUAGGCAGCAUGGAAAUCCAGUUUGUCACGCUGUUUGGGCAGGGAAAACAGCUUUUGCCAUGCUAUUUUAGCAGCUCUGUCUCACACCCCAAACAGGAUUAUAAUCGGCUUCAGUUGGCUGCUCUGCAAGACAGGCACUUUGCGUCUAGCAUUUUAUGCAUCACAAACUAUUUUAACUUUGACGAUUUCAAUUCCGACGCUUCCAUACACGUGUCCCGGCGGCCGGUCUUUCUAGCGUCUGUAGAUGCGUGCUCGACCGUUGCGCGGGCGGAAGCACUGUGCAGGUUCGUCCGGGGAAGUACGGCGUUCUGCUCUGCGAGGCAGGGGCUUGAUUUUUAUACUGAAGACGCUGUUGACGACCAAGAGGUGUUGUCCGCGGAAGAUCUAGUCAUUUUCAGCCCCUUGUUAAACUCGGACCAGGAGAUGGUGCUGCAGAUCAUGCUGGACGGUCUGACAAGCGGUUCUGAGGAGGUUGUAGAACAGGAAACAAGUGGCGGUGCUAAAGACCACGAGGAAGCUGCUACCCUUUCGUCCGCGGAAACAACAGCAAAAGACCAGAUGCAAAGCUUAUCCCUCUCCGCUUCUACUGCACUAGAAUUUAGUUCAGGAUCGUGUUUUUACGAGGAUUUUGGUGUGCGGAUCCGCCCGGCGUUGGGCUACUACUACAGCAGUGCUGGAACAACUACAACAGCGUCAGCGAUAAAGACAAAUCCGUCAACAGAACAACCGUCCAGUCCGCAACUGACGCGACAAAGAUCUUCGGAAAAUAAAUACCAGAUAACUACGAACAAUACGGCCCAGCUGCUCACCACGACGCUGAUUGAGAUCGAACAGGAAAUGCGGCCGGUGCUGGUCUUGGCCCACGACUCGAUUUUUUCCGUGCUGCGCAAGUACUUCGAAAGAGGAGCGACGUCCUCGAGAGAAGCUGCGCUCCCCCCGCCAGCGUUGCACGCUUCCUGUAGCAGCGCUUCCUCCGCUUCUGAGGCGGAGAACGGCGCAGGAACAUGUCGGUCCUCUUUUCUUGAGUACAUUCCGAAUGGAGCCGAUUUUAAUGAGCGGAUGCUUGAGGUGGUGGCAAUGGCAUGA